GUAGUAUGUUUUGUUUACCACAGUCAGCUGACUUGUCUUCCCAUGACUGCAAUCAAGCAGAAACCUGCAGACAUUAGAUAAACGAUGCAAAAUUGAAUAUACAUUACACAUUCAGGCAUACGCGUGCGUUACGUUUGUUAUACAAUUACGCUUCAGUUUGCUCGUAGCUUCCAGCUAAUCAUCUUACUUGUGUUUGAAGCACUUUGAAGGUAGCAUGUCGAGCUAGCUAGAGGAAAUCAAAAUGAGACUUCACCCCAGGAGAGCAUCUGUUUAUCUGUAAAAAUGGACAAAAUUAUUAAAGAUGUUGGUGAUAUCCAGUCUCGGCUGCUUGACCACAGGCCUGUUAUUAAUGCAGAGAUCCGUUACUUUGUCAGAGAAUUUGAGGAAAAAAGGGCUCACAGGGAGAGCCGCCUACUGGAGAGCAUGAGUAAAGUGGUGCAAGAAGCAAAUGAGGAAGUGCUACCUUCAGAUUUGGAAGGUGUGAAGCAGCAGCUCUCCAAUAUCAUUGCUCGACUGAAUGCUGCUAAUCACAUGGCCGAAAGAGUCCAGCAGAGGGAGCUAGAAACACACCAGAGCGGUCAGCUGCAGGAAAACAUAGGGCGUCUGAAAGAUGAGUGGGCAGACUUUGUAAAAGAGCAGCAGCGACUGAAGGAAGAGGUGAGCCAAGAGCAUGCCGAGGCUGUCAGACAGGUCAGCACUCUGUACAGUGAGAAGAAGAAGGAGCUGGAGCAGUUGCUGGCAGAUGUUUAGUCAUUAUGUGCCAGUAUGGAUACAAGUGUGCGGUUAGAAAAGCUACAAGAAUUAGCUCAUGUGCUGCUUUCCCCCCAAAAUUCAUAUUCAAAGUGUGAUUUAUAUCGUACAUAAACAUAGCAACAGAAAAAGCACAAUGAGGGAAAAUGUCGGCAAUGUGUCACUUUGAAACAUUUUGCCAGGUUAUGAGAUUCCCUGCCUGGAAAGCAGUGAUGUAUCAUUUUUAUAAAGGAAAGCAUCAUCAUUAUCAUCAAUAUGCCGAGCAGGUGUGUGUAAAGCACAGGUCAAGUGUUCAAGAAGUAAGUGCAAACACAACUUUGGUUUCCAGAAUAAAUCACCAGCGCGCCCGUGUUUGGAACAUUUGAUUUGACCUUUGACUUCAAGUCAAGCCACUGUCUGCUUGAAUGAUCAGUAACAGCUGCUUGGCCACAUCAAAAACAAUAGCACAUAUCCACCUUAUUUGUACUGCUGCUUUCACCGAAGAACAUCAUGUGACACGUGUUCAUCUGCUUCCAAUUUCCUUCUAGGUCUAAUGUUUCCAUGUGCACAUGAGAAGGAUUACAUGUGUACUUUUCACUCAUGUUCAAAUGAAACCUUCAAUAAAUAAAUCAACCCCCCCCCCCCCC